AUGGCGUCUGAUCUUCAAGCGCUUUCUGGUUACAAAGUCGGCGAAAUUUCGCAAGCACUCUUUACGAAUCAGAAGAGCAAGGCGCACUUGAAAAAAAAUGUUGAACUCAGUGCUCUGUUUAGUUCUACAAAUCCAUCUCAGCCAGCAUUUGUGGCCGUACCAUUGAAGGUAAGAUUGAGAAAUGAAGGUUGCAUGAAUCUUAACCGUACCAUGCAUCUGUUAGUUAAGGUGAUUCCCUAGUAAAGGAACCUAACAUAGAUUGUAGAUGAUACUUGGUACACUGAUGUAACAAGUCAAGAAGAUGAUAAAAAAGUAAUAAAAAGUGGGGGUCACAGUGCUCGUUUUGACGUCACAAUGCUGAGAAAUACGGCUAUUUUGGACCCUUUGUCAAAAACCGCGCGCAACCCAAAACUAGACAAAAACGAGAGAUUUUUUCGUUGAUGCAUGUGGUAUCGCACAGAAUUUGACUUUACGGUAUUGUUUAUCCACUUACAUACCAGAAAAAUACCUUUUAAUGCUCCUGUUUUUAUAUUACGCUCUAAAGUAGAAUUGAAUUGGACACGCGCUAUUCGACUCGUGAUAGCUCAGUCCGUACAAUUUAGUAAAAUUGCCAAAAAACUGAACAUAGAUUUGUGCCAAUUUUUUUCUCAUCGAAUGGAAACACUGUCCUUAUUAAAAUCAUGAAAUAAAAAAUGGGGGUCAUCGUACUCGUUUUUGCGGUAGAGCUGCAGAAAGUGCGCACCAAAUGCAUUUUCUCCGAGUUUUGGGAGAGGACUGGGGCGAGUUUCAAAAAUAGAAUGUAUGUGAAAGGGGGAAGAAAGGAUACAAUGUGAUAAAGAAAGCGUUUAAAUAAAAAUCAAAGUGAGAAAGCACAAGUUAAACAUCCACUAUCGAGGUUCUCCGUGAGGAAGUCGAACUCAGCAACACGCGUACUGCCUACGUUAUGCACAUUCCCAACACAUUGAGUCUCACCUCGGCAAGAAACAAAGGCAAGCAAAAAUUCCAAUAGCGUUUAUCUUCAGUCAACUAAAUUUUAAUAAUGUUACUUCACAUUCUCUUUUUUACGGCGGCCAUCUUGUUAUGUGCAGUAAGAGAUGCGCAGUGUAAAACCAGGGAAUCUCGUACUUCUCAAUACACGGUGUUGUGGUUAUAGUACCUUAUCGUAGUUUAUAUGAGUAAGGAUUGAAUCGAAGACAGAAGUGAAUUCACAAACGAUCAAAUUAAAACAUGUAGUCUUUGUUAGCAAACCCUAAACUGGAAGACAUAAGAUUGUUUUAGAAUCACAUUUACGGCAAACGGGAGACAUCAAAUUUAAGCUAAAAAUUUCUCGAAACAGUGAAUGAACAGAUGAAAACAGCUCAAAACAAUUGUUACGGAUGAUGAAGCCGGCGUGAAACAACCAAUUUUUGUGUAAAAGUAAACCAACUACAUGUAUCAGUAUAAACUAUAUCUGCCAACUCUCACGCCUUAGGCAUGAGCCUCACGCCUAUGGGUUGAAAACUUUGAUCUCCCGCCAGCUCACGCUUGCGGGCCAAUUUCUCACACCUGAUUGAAAAACGUGAGUUGUUGCUGUCUUGCUUGACACAAUUUCAAAAAAUAUGUUAACUCAGAUCCAUGAAAGGAACCAAAACCAUGUGUAAAAUGAAUAAAUGACAAUACCUUCCUCACGAUCUCUGAUUUUUGAAGUGAAAAGCACUGAGAGCGAGCUCGCGUUUAUACGUGUCCUAAGACUGGGACUCGAUAACUUUGCCUUCGGCAGACUUCGGACGUCUUUGGAAGACUUCAGACGUCUUCUGAAGUCUUCAGACUUCUUUGGGAAUCUUUGGAAAUGAUUGUGUCGUCUUCAAAAAUCCCAGCACUCCCAGGAUAAAAAUCUUACGCUUAUAUCUCAGAAAAAGUUGGUAGGUAUAGUAUAAACCCUGUGAGGGUGGUCUGAGGGGGUUGGGGUUUUGGUUUUUGUGCAGGCAAGGAGUGGGGACUUGAUCAAGGAGUGAAAUUUUGCUCAAUUUCUUGAUGGUGGGGAACGAUACAUUUGUCACAUGUAGCUAAAAAUCCCAACCCAGGGGCUUCAAUACUGACUGACAGACAAGAAAUUUAUUUCACAUGCCUUUAAAGACAGUGUGAUUUAACCUAUCUCCUUGCAUGUUGUGUCCAUAAAAAAAAGUAUGGCAAUGUUUCAUGGUGAAACACUUUCUUUAACCCUUUAAGCCCCAAUAUCCACAUACAAAUUCUCCAAACUGAUCUCUAUAUAAUUCCUUAAAGAAUGAGUUGAGAGAAUUUGACAAAAGAUCAAAGCAUUUUCUCUUAGGUGAUCAUUUUAUUAAUUCUCAUAACCUAGUCUCUUGACAAUGUACAGAUAUCAUUGGGAGAAAAUUGAUGUUGGUCACUAUCAGGACUUAAAGGGUUAAUCUUCUUUUAUCUUCAAAACUGAGUGAACUUUAUUGAUAUAUUUGUUUCAUUCAUUUAUCUGUUCAUUUAUCAAAGGUUUUGUGUUUCAAUUAGAAUUUCUCUUAAGUAGGGGUACACAUGUAAAAGAAUUCGAAGCAAAAUUUUAAUAAACACCUUUUCUCAACUAAAAUGUCACCAAACUAGGAAACAGACUUUCUCAAGGCCCAUUUCCGGUUUCUGCUGGUUAGAUGGUCAGUCGUGAAACAAACAUUUCUUGGGUGCAGCGCACUAUUUUUGUCCGGCCAGUUUUCAGCCUGUGAAAACAGCUGUCUCUCCUUGCUCCUUUCUGCUACUGAUGUGGGAGAGACAUCUGCAACUGCCAGCAGAACCUUUCUUUUACUUGCUCAAUGUUUGCAUACUUGAGAAAUAAUCUGCAUGAAUCAUUAAGAUUUUUGCAUCUGUUGCUGGAAUAGUUUUCAAGCCAGGCCUAAUAGCAGUGUUCUUGGUACAGUGGGGUCAGUUAUUACCAUCGGUUUAUCAGUAAAAUUGGUGGAUACGCCUGCUUGGAAAGCAAGAAAGAACAAGAAGUUUGGACUUUGGCAAGUUCAAAGGCUUGAGAGGAUUCAGACAGAUCAUCCUUUUUGCCCCCUCACUCAAGAAGACAAAACAGACCCUGCUUGCCCGAUGAAUAAAGUUUACAUGGUUAAUCUUGUAGUCAUGGGGCUCCAGAUGGAAAUAUGUUCUAGCUUUUUCUGUCUUGGCCAAUUAUGGUAAAGUUUUGAGUUCUUUAUAUGUGAACAAGUGGCAGCAAAAUUCCAAUCCUUCUUGUAAAGAUCAGAUUACACUGUAUAUUCCACAAAUAAUGACCGUUGAUUUACAGUUGAUCUUUGUGACCUUUUUCCUGUCAUUUGUAAACACUUAGAAUAGAAUUACUAAGUCCAGCCAAUCAGCGCUCAUUGACCAGAUUCUGCUUAUAGAUUCUACAUUGCCAUGUGUCUGUUCAGUAAAAGAUCAUAGAUGACAUCAAAAUGUGGUAAAAACAAAAUUAAUACAAUGAAAAGAGAAGGGAAAAAAGACACACUUGCCUUGUACCACUUCUUAUCUACUUUAUCUUACAUGCAUACAGUUCCUCUCCAAGAAGUUUUUCAAAGCCUUCACUUGCUCAAAGCAGAAUAAUCACAAAGACAUUUUCAAGACAGCUAGGCAUUUUCAAGUCAUCUCAGUUUGUCUAAUUGUCUUGUUUGUAAAUAGCUCCUGCUACACUUUUUUCAAGGCCUUCACUCUCUUAAUCUGAAGUAAUCUCGCAAACAUUUUCAAAACCACGCGCCAUGUUGAACAAAACGUAGAAAACAAGUUUCCUGUGACAGCAUCCAUUUUUCUUUAGUCUGAUAGAUCAUGGGCAUACAACCAAUAUCAGUGCUCGUUGAACUGACUACAUUGUAUAAACAAAUAUACAUCAACAGCAUGAAAUUUUUACAGUGAAAUUGGAGGCAUCUCUCCUGAAAACCUCUGUAGUUGGGAGGAGCAAGGAGAGACGUCUGUAUUUGCAGGCUAUAUCAAGCUAAAAAAAUUAAUUUAUUUUAUCUGCAAUAAUAAUUGUUACAACUGUACUGCAAAGUCCCUCUUGUAUUACUUGUAGGUAUCAAGGAAGAAAGAAAAGGAGACUGUUGAGAGACUUGAGGAUAAGAAUUCACAGGCAGGCACAAAGCAAAUAGGAGGUACAUGGCUGUAAUAAUAUGAUGGUACUGUGGAUGUUUCUCUUUUACUGAUACAGUCUUCUAUUUGUCUGAGUAGAUCGUUUAAUACCUGAGCAACCUUUAGUGAUUUAAAAGAAUCAGCUCAUUUACAUCCCUGUCAACUUUAAUUGAGUUUACCCUUGCCAAUAUAGUGAAUGCUGGCAACUUUCAAACUGGGAGAUUUUUUUAUGACUGGAAAAUAUACUGUACCUGAGGACCCAAUUCACUGCAACCUCCUCUAUUUUUACCAUCUUUUAUGUUUUUUCUCAUAACCUAGUUUAUGUGUACCUCAAAAACCAUUAACAGUAAGAAAAAUAUAUAGAAUAUUACAGUGCGACUACGACAUGUAUAACCGGGACCACCUAGACAAAGUUGACCAAUCGGAUUACAGGAAAAUAACAAUACAUUCUGAGAACGUUAGUUGUCAAUCCUAAUAAUUAAAUUAGUAUGAAAAAAAAUAAACAACAUAGAUAGAAAUCAGUCAAAUAAAUGCUACAACCUACAGGAAUGACCUUAUGAACCCCCAGAAAAAAAGCGUGUGUUUCUUGAGAGGUCUGUUAGAGUAAAUGACAGUGGUGGAAAAUGUAAACAUUGGUUAUAUUUUUUACUUGAGGUUGUGAUCUCUUUGCCAUGUGAGGUAAUGUUAGGGAAGAAAUUGCUGGUGGAUGACAAAAGCAUAGCAUGUCUCAAACAAAUAUGUCUCCUGGGUGUUAUAUGUAAAGUAUGGGAUAGAAAAACAUUGUCUGGUGAAACGUUUUGCUUUCUUGAAAAAUGUUUGCUAUCAAUAUUUAAAUUUGGUGCUUUGAGUAACUUUUUGUUUGUUUGUUUUUUUUUUUCGACUUCCUGAUUGGUCCUUAACCAACUUUCUUUGAAUGUAUUGUUAUUUUCUUGUGAUCCGAUUGGUCAACCUUGUCUAAGUGACCCCGGUUACAGUAGUCGUACCAUAAUAUUAGAGAGCUUAAGCAACAACGACGACAACGGCAACGAGGAUGGGAAAAAAGCAAUAAUUUUAGCGUGACAAAACUACAACUUUGCAUGUGCAUGGUGCUUUUUGUACUUUCUUUGCGGUCGCAGUAUGACUACAACUUGAAAGUGCCUAAUUUCAUGUUUUGUCGAGGACGUUAACUCAAGACAACAACUUUAUUUUUCUUUUCCUGAACUUUGAUACAGUCUUUAAGAAUUCAACUACAAACAAAUUUUCUGACAUUCGACAAAUUAAAUGAGUUGGAAUAAGUGUGAUAAAGUUUGAAGGAGCUCGAAUUCACUUGUUUGUCCUUGUUGCUUAAGCUCCCUAAUGAUUCUUCUUAAGGCCUUUUAGAUUGAAAUGUUUUGAUGUUUUGGGUUUUAUUGUUUUGUGUUCUAGUGAACAGAUCAAAAAGGAAAAGGAAAAUACCAACAAGGUAAGCAACAACAGGGCCUAUACUUUGGCAUGUAAUAAAAACUGUGUUAUCCUCAACUUGUCUACACUAAAAAAAUGAGCCUCCAUAUGGAUACCUGCGGACAAUGAUUUUGUUGUGCAUUUUCCAGUUGUGGGUAGAAAUUAAACUUCAUAUCCCAUUACUUGUUUUAAGUGAUGAUGAAGAUGAAGAACUGAUAAAGAAAGCUAGGAAAAGAAAGAAGAAAUCUAAUGAAGCAGAAGAAAAUCCAGAAAGACUAGCUAGGACUGUGUUUGUUGGAAAUCUACCCAUUGAAUUCACAAGAAAAGUAAGUGAACCCAAUAAUAAUACCAUAUGCAUUAUGCACAGUUCCUUGUCUCUUAAUUCAUCUUUAGGUCCAGCUUCUUAACCCAUUUUCCUGUAAUUGACCUUGUGGAUCCACGUCUGUGGCAUGGUCUAGGACAACAAUGUCAACCAACUUGUGCAGGGGAAGAAAUCUUUCAAAUGAUGCCAGAAUGAGCAUGAUUCAGUCAAGAAGGCCAGAGAAAAAGGCCAAAAAAACAUGUAUAGUUGACCUGAAAAUUCCAAUGAAAAUCUUGUUCCACUGCCCACCCUCUUUUUCAGGCAUCUAGUCCUUAAAGUUUUUCCAAAAAAUUUUCCCACCAAAAUGAAGCCUAGUAAAUGUUCAGCAAAAGAGAAAAACAGGUCAAGAAUCUGAUAGAAGAGAACGGAGAGGAGGAGGGAAAAUGAAAGGGAAAAGUUGAAACCGCGGUGUCACUUAAAUCCCAAAAAACUAUCUCGAUUGUGCUUUCUGCACAUGCCCGAACUUCAGAAGGUGAUAUUUUGCAUCAUCAGAAACAAAAGGCCACAAAGUGCAUUCCCUGCAAACAGCCGAUUGGUAAUUUUUGCUCUUAACUAGCUUCAAAAUGCAUUUUCUGGCAAAAUUCCCAGGGAUGAAUGUAUUAUUAUUGUACUAUUUUUAUUUAAUUUUUGACCAUGGAGUUGUAAGUUUUUAUUGUGUUUCAAUUAGAAUUUCUCUUAAGUAGGGGUACACAUGUAAAAGAAUUCGAAGCAAAAUUUUAAUAAACACCUUUUCUCAACUAAAAUGUCACCAAACUAGGAAACAGACUUUCUCAAGGCCCAUUUGCGGUUUCUGCUGGUUAGAUGGUCAGUCGUGAAACAAACAUUUCUUGGGUGCAGCACACUAUUUCUGUCCGGCCAGUUUUCAGCCUGUGAAAACAGCUGUCUCUCCUUGCUCCUUGCUGCUACGGAUGUGGGAGAGACAUCUGCAACUGCUGGCAGAACCUUUCUUUUACUUGCUCAAUGUUUGCAUACUUGAGAAAUAGUCUGCAUGAAUCAUUAAGAUUUUUGCAUCUGUUGCUGGAAUAGUUUUUGAGCCAGGCCUAAUAGCAGUGUGCUUGGUACAGCGGGGUCAGUUAUUACCAUUGGUUUAUCAGUAAAAUUAAUGGAUACUCCUUCUUGGGAAGCAAGAAAGAACAAGAAGUUUGGGCUUUGGCAAGUUCAAAGGCUUGAGAGGAUUCAGACAGAUCAUCCUUUUCGCCCCCUCACUCAAGAAGAAAAAACAGACCCUGCUUGCCUGAUAAAUAAAGUUUACAUGGUUAAUCUCAUAGUAAUGGGGCUCCAGAUGUAAAUAUGUUCUAGUUUUUUCUGUCUUGGCCAAUUAUGGUAAAGUUUUGAGUUCUUUAUCUGUGGACAAGUAGCAGCAAAGGAGAGACCGCUGUAUUUGCAGGCUAUAUCAAGCUAAAAAUUUAUUUUAUCUGCUGUAAUUAUUUAUUGUUACUUCUGUACUGGUAAUUCCCUGUUGUAUUACUUAUAGGUAUCAAGGAAGAAAGAAAAAGAGACUCUUAAGAGUCAUGAGAAUGCAAAUUCACAGACAGGCACAAAGCAAAUAGAAGGUACAUGGCUGUAACAUUAUUAUAAUAGUGCUGUGGUUAUUUCUUUUUUACUGAUACAGUCUUCUGUUGUCUGAAUAGAUUGUUUAAUACCUGAGCAACCUUUAGUGAUUUAAAAGAAUGUGCUCAUUUAUAUCCCUGUCAACUUUAAUUGAGUUUAGUCCCCUGCAAAUAUAAUGGUUGCUGGCAAUCAACUUUCUAACCUGGAUAUUUUUUUAUGAUUGGAAAAAAUUAAUAUACUGAAUCUGAGGGCCAAACUCACUGCAACCUCCUCUAUUUUUACCAUCUUUUAUGUUUUGCCUCAUAACCUAGUUUAUGAAUAUUACAGUGCAACUACUACAUGUAUAACUGGGGCCACCUAGACAAAGUUGACCAAUCGGAUUACAGGAAAAUAACAAUGCAUGAAUUCCGAGCACAUUAGUUGUCAAUCAUAAUAAUUAAUUACUACAAAACAAAAUAAACAACAUGGAUUGAAAUCAGCCAAAUACAACCUACAGACAUGACCUUUUGAACCCCCUGAAAAAAUGUGUGUGUUUCCUGAGAGGUCCUUAGAGUACGUAAAUGACAGUGGCCAAAAAAACGUAAACGUUAGUAAUAAUUUUUAAUUGAGGUCGUGAUCUUAUUGCCAAGCGCUUGAAAUUGCACUUAAGAAAUUGCUGUUAGAUGACAAAAUAACAGCAUGUGUCAAACAAAUAAUUUAUGUAUCCUGGGUGUUGUAAGAAAAGUUUCAGAUAUUAAAACAUUGUCUGGUGAAACAUUUUGCUUUCUUGAAAAUGUUUGCUAUCAAUAUUUAAAUUUGGUGCUGUGAGUAACUUAUUGUUUUUUUUUUCAACCUCCUGAUUGGUCCUUAACCAACCUUCUUGGAAUGUAUUGUUAUUUUCUUAUAAUCUGAUUGGUCAACUUGUCUAAGUGACCCCAGUUACAGUAGUUGCACCGUAAUAUUAGGGAGCUUAUGACUACGCCGAUGGCAAUGAGGAUGGGAAAAAAGCAAUUGGUUUAGAUUUACAAAACGACAGCUUUGCAUGUGCAUCACACUUUUCGUACAUUUCUUUGCAUGUGAAAGUGCCUAAUUUUAUGUUUUGUUGAGGACAUGAACACAAGACAACAACUUUCCUUUUCUUUUCCUGAACUUUGAUUUACAGUCUAUUAGAAUUCAACCACAAACAAAUUUGCCAACAUGACGUAUUGAAUGAGUUGGAAUAAGUGUGAUGAAGUUUGAAGUAGCCAGAAUUCACUUUUUAAGUGAUGCUUUCGUAGCCAUCGCCGUCCUUAUUGCUUAAGCUCCCUAAUGAUUCUUCUUGAGGCCUUUAAGAUUGAAACGUUUUGAUGUUUUGGGUUUUAUUGUUUUGUGUUCUAGUCAACAGAUCAACAAGGAAAAGGAAAAUACCAACAAGGUAAGCAACAACAGGACCUAUACUUUGGUAUGUAAUAAAAAUUGUGUUACCCUCAACCCACCUACACUAAAAAAAAUGAGCCUCUGUAUGGAUACCUGCGGACAACGAUUUGGUUGCGCAUUUUCCAGUUGUGACAGAAAUUAAACUUCAUAUGCCAUUACCUGUUUUAAGUGAUGAUGAAGAUGAAGAACUGAUAAAGAAAGCUAGGAAAAGAAAGAAGAAAUCUAAUGAAGCAGAAGAAAAUCCCGAAAGACUAGCCAGGACUGUGUUUGUUGGAAAUCUACCCAUAGAAUUCACAAGAAAAGUAAGUGACCCCAGUAAUAAUACUAUAUGCAUUAUACACUCCUUGUAUCUUAAUCAGUCUUCAGAUCCAGCUUCUUAACCCAUUUGCCUGUAAUUGCCCUUGUGGAUCCACGUCUGUGGCAUGGUCAAGGACAACAAUGUCAACUAACUUGUGCAGGGGAAGAAAUCUUUCAAGUGAUGCCAGAAUGAGCAUGAUUCAGUCAAGGAGGCUAGAAAAAAAGGCCAAAAAAGCAUGUAUAGUUCACCAGAAAAUUCCGAUGAAAAUCCACUUUUUCAGGCAUCUAGUCCUUAAAUCUUUUCCAAAAAAUUUUCCCACCAAAAUGAAGCCUAGUAAAUUCUCAGCAAAAGAGAAAAACAGGUCAAGAAUCUGAUAGAAGAGAACAGGGAGGAGGGAAGUUGAAACUGCUGUGUCACUAAAAUCCCAAAAAACUAUCUCGAUUGUGCUUUCUGCACAUGCCCGAACUUCGGAAGGUGACAUUUUGCAUCAUCAGAAACAGAAGGCCACAAAGUGCAUUCCCUGCAAACAGCGGUUUGGUAAUUUUUGCUCUUAACUAGCUUCAAAAUGCAUUUUCUGGCAAAAUUCCCAGGGAUGAAUGUAUUAUUAUUGUACUAUUUUUAUUUAAUUUUUGACCAUGGAGUUGUAAGUUUUUAUGAAAAUUGUAUUUUCAACUGACAAAAUUUUAAGGGCAAUAAUUUUUUGUGGAAAGUUUUUUCUUGUUAGUUGUAAAUAAAACUUUAGAAGCCCCCAAAUUUAUUGCUGUUUGGUCAUUUUUUCUUGCUUUUUUAGAAACUGAAAAAGUUGUUUGCUGUUUAUGGCGAAGUGGAGAGUGUGCGAUUUCGAUCAGCAGUAGGUACCUUUAAUUGGAUAUAAACUGUCGUAGCCCCUAUUCAAAAUUUUUCUAUGCAAAUAAAUGUAACUAGGUGGAACAUGAUCGUCUGGUUUCAAGAGUUUAGUCCUGAAUAAGUCUGUUAGGCCCAGUUCAGAUGUCAAUCUCUUCAUGAGCCUAACCUAGUUCGAAUUAAGGGUGUAAAGGCUGACCCUUAAUAUUAUUAUUUUAGACUGACUGAAUUGAUUUAGAUACUGAUCUUAAUUCCAGCUGAACUAAAUUCAAAAGGAGAAAAAUGCUCAUUUCAGUCAAACUUCUUACAAAAUGCAUUAGAUGGAAAGUUCAGCAUCUGAAUCAAAGUCAUUCCAAAGUCCAUCGAAAUUCUCGGCUGGGCUAGGCGGGAAGAAUGGCUGAGCCAUUCCAAAUUGAAACAGGCAUUCCUAAUUGAUUCAGAUACCGUCCUUUUUAUGCACUUAAUUCCAUGUACUUCAUUAGGUUCGGCUCAUGAAAAGUUUGGCAUCUGAACUGGGCCUCACAUUAUGGUGACUAACCUUUCGACAACCUUUUUUUGACAACCUGUGCUUUGACUCUGAAGAUGACUAACGCACAGGUUGCCAAAACAUAAAUCAGUUCAACAACAGUCCUAUUAUAUUCAGGACAAUACUCGCCCGAAAUGAUCAUAUUCCACCUACUUACAUGUAUGAAAGGACUCCAGGGUUUAAACCAUUCACUUCAAGAGAACAUUAUUAAUAUUUUGUGGUUGUUUAAACCAUCAUAAAGGAGUGUUUAAGUUUAGCAGUCAUGGAAAUUGCCCUUAGUCAUGUUAUGAUUAUAAUAAAAAUGAAUUAAUUUUAUGGCAACUUGAUCUAGUUCUUGGUAGAAUCCAUCUUCAGGUUACAACAGAUUUUCCUUUUCCCAGGAAACAAAAUCCUGCUUAAUGAAUAUAGGUUUAAGCUGAGACAAGUAUUUUUGGAGAAAAAAAUCCACAUUUAUAGGAAAAUCUUUCGGAAAGAAUUAUUAUCAAAGCUUUUUAACUUACAUUGGAUUAAGCAAUAGAGUCUUGAGAAGGGUUUUAUUAAAUUUUUGAAUGUCCUCCUCGAUCACUCUUACAUGUAACUUCCCUAAGUUAAAGAGUUAUUUGGGAGUCGCGAGGUUUAGAGAAAUUUAAAUAAUAUGUUCAAAACACAAUUGAGUUAUAAUGCAUAGCAAAUUAAACACUUAAAGAGAAACACCUAAGAAUUCAAGCUUGAAUACAUGAAUAAUAUUUAUUAUAAACCAAGCUGUCCUGUAAACAUUUUAAAUGAUGCUCAUUAUUUUUUGCAAUAUUUAACUACUAAGUUUGAGUUAUUGAAGUUUCUUAAUCAGCCAAAAACUUGAAGCUAAAUUCUAAGUCAUUUCUCUUUUUUUACAUUACCUUUUAAGUUUAUAUUUAAUUUUCUUAUAUCAGUAGAAAUUUUUGUUAUCAUUAUUAUGUGACUUUUGAAACGUAAUCGUCAUUAUUUUGUCUGUCAGUGUUUCAUAUAAUUAUUCAGUUUACUGAUGUAAAAAUAAUACCAGUACAAGGCAGGGACUAAAGCGAAAUGAUGUGUGCCAAGUUAUAAAAUAAUUUUUUCUCCUGGAACUUGUGAACCAGCUUCUUUUACAGUGUAGUUUAAUAUUUUUUUAGUUCUAAAUUAGAUGACAGAGCCUGUAUUCUAAAACUAAAACUUUCAAUUCAAAUAAUAUUUUUUUUGUUUGCAAUUAUAAAUUAUUGAUACAAUUCGGUUUUAUGUGACAGCUAUUUACAUUUAUCAUAAGUUUGUUUUUGUAUACUUUGGUGGUAGUUUUCUCUCACCAAGAAAUUUGAAAAGCCCUAACUUAAGGAGGAUUUUUCAUUCUUUUGCUUGCUAUGGACAACGCUGACUCUGAGAGGAAUAAAACUGCUGUUAGAAAAUCCUUUGAAAUUGCAUCAAGGAAAAAAUUAGACACUUUGGAUUUAAUAAGAAAACAGAUUCAGCAGAUUCCCAGUGGAUUGGACAUGUUUGAUCUUAGCAAUCUAAAGUUUCUUUACUUAGAAGGAAACAUAAUUUCCUUUUUACCAGAGGACUUUUUCCCUUGUCUUGCAAGUUUGGAAUGGCUUGAUCUAAGGAACAAUAUACUUUGCGAAAUUCCACGAAAUAUUGGAGAGCACAAGAAAUUGAAAACACUGUUACUAGGGAGAAACCAGCUUAAGUUUUUACCAGCCGAAUUAGGGUUUGUGAAAACACUGACUGGACUGAACUUAUCUGAUAAUCCCCUCGAGGAACCACCGCAAACAAUAUUGAUGAAAGGCAUUUCUGCUGUGCAAGCGUAUCUUCUUGCAAAGCUUAGGAUUUAUCCAGAAGAGGAUGAGGCUAAUGACAGUGAAUCAGACCAACAGAGCACUAUUGAGAGUAGAAAUCAUUUACAAGCUGACUUUGAAGAAGUUGACAAUGAGAGUAUGAGCAGCAUUGUGAAUGAAAAGGAAGAAAUUCCCCGCAGCAAUUCAGCUGAAAAUCAUCCUAUGAUGCAGUCUGUUUCACCACAAGCUGCCUUGGCUUAUUAUGGGGCGCUGCUUGGUGAAGUUCCGCAUUCUUACAUCUUUAAGCCAUGGAAAACUGGAGUCUUUUUAAGGAGAGAGCAAAUGACAGAUGAUCUCAAUUCAGCACAUGAUGGGGAUGAAGAUAAUAGCAAAUAUUAAUUGUAGCAAAUGGCUUUGACCUAUUUUAUUUUUGUGCUACAAUUUGCAUGCGAGCAUUUGUGAAAACUGGUGUCUUUUCCAGACGGAGUUGGCUUAAGGCCAUACCAUUAUUUAUCUGCACUGUAACGCAAGUGAAAUCCGUGAUAUGAGAGAUGCAUAAGUUUGUGUAUCAUAGCCAUCAUCAUCAUCAUCAUCUUAAAUAUUUAGUGCGAUUGUAAAAUUUGGUAGAAAUACGGCAAAACAAUAAAAUAUGAUUAAUGAUACGAUCUUAACUUUAUACUUUGUACAGCUAGUCGAAAUACUGUUGUCUCAGAGAUUGGGAAGGCAAAAUAGACAAAUGGGCCUAUGGCCCAUGACUUUGAAAAGUUUUGUGGGCCAUUUCAUUAAAUUAUGGGCCAUUGAAGUUAUGGUUGGGCCACAUGAAAAGGAAACAGAAAUGAUCUGUGCAAUCUGUGGAAGCAUGCACAUUUACAUGAAGUAUUUUUAAUCUGAUUUAACUACAGAGUAGUUUUGCAGUUUUUAAGUACUGCGUGUUUGUGAUCCAUCAGUUGCUUGUGUCUCAUCAUGCUACUUUUAAAUGUUUUGCAACCAGAGGUCAUGGUAUUUUUUUUGCCAUGUUUGAGGCAAAACUCUUUUACUUGCAGGCUGGAAAAGUGUGGUGGGCAUGCUUCUUUCACCCGAUGGAUCCUUAAAUUCAUAAGUCACAUCGGUGUUGUUGUUGUUGUUGUUGUUGUUGUCAUUUUUGUGAUCGAUCUUGGUGGACUCGCUGUUCGAAUUCAUGCUAAAAAAAAAAACAUGAAAGUUUUCUUUGGCCUUGAGUAUCUUGGAAGUUUCUUUGGAGGCAUUAUUUCAAUACGUUUUCUGUUUUCAUCUUUCUGUUUUCAUCUUUCUGGCCAAAAUGCAAAUGAAUGCAUUUUGGCCAGAAAGAUGAAAACAGAAGUGAAAGUCUGAUCUCAAUUUAGCACUUUGUCUGGACCGAACCUUGUUUGCAAGCUAUGUGCAAGUAGAGGGCUGAGGACAAAAAUAAAUGAACACGAAAGAUCGCCAAUCACGAAAAUAAUGGUCAGAUUGAAGUGCUUAUUAACUAUAACUUGAUUAGGGCACAUGCUAGGCUCAGUUAACAUUUUUAUAAUGCAACAUUUUCUAAAUUUAUACACCAUAUGUGCCUGGCGCACAACCUUCCCUAAUAGUUGAAAAUUUACACUCAGAUUUAUUCAAUACACUGAUGAGUUCUUUUGAUAAAUUAACAUUUCCAGUAUGUAUUGUUUUUUAGUUGGUAACAAACUAAGAUAUAGUUAUCAAUGGUAAUAGUACUCAGUAAUAAUUAUGUGUUACAGAAGUGACUACACAUUUUUCUAUUUAAACAUUGUCUCCAAACUAUACUAAAAAUUUGUAAUCAAUUAUGUAAAUUAUUAUUUUCACGUCUAAAUCCUGAAGGGCCACAUUUUGAUUCACUGGUGAAAAUCUUAUUUGUUUGAUUUUGUUGUAAUUUUUCUUUGUUCACAGGCAUUAGCAAAACCUGAUCUGUCCAGAAAAGUGGCCAUGAAAAAGUAAUAAUAUAGCUUUUUUACCAACUUGCACAGUAGCUAAUAAAAACAUUUUCCCAGCCUGCAAUUAAACAUGGGCUUGCAAUUGACUGACUGGGUGUGUGACUUUAGCUAGCUGAUUGACUAACUCAUCAAAUGACAAACUACUAGACUCAGGUAGACUCUUACUGAUUGACAGAUUUCUUUACUGGCUGACUGAUUAGCUGGCUGACUAAACUGGCUGGCUGGUUGAUCUGAAUGGUUGACUGGCUGGCCAUUGCUGACCAACUGGCUGGUUAGCUGACUGGCUGACUGGCUGACUAGCUGACCAAUUGGCUGGCUAACUGACUGACUGAUUGACUGACUGACUGACUGACUGGCUGGCUGGCUGGCUGACUCACUGACUCACUGACUCACUGACUUUAACUUGUAAACUGGUUGACUUAUUGAGAAAAUGACUGGGUGAAUGACUAGCUGAGUGGCAACUGUCUGACUGCUAUGACUUCCUAACUAACCAACUCGUGACUGACUGAUGGCUGGUUGGUAAAUUGAUGUAUUGACUGGUCUUAAGAUCUGUUUGGCUCCCUUUUUUUUUAGGAGAGAGUUUCAUUCAGACAGGCACAAUAUCAAUGGCUAUGUUGUGUUCAAAGAAAGGGAAUGUGCUGUCAAAUCAUUGAAGAGGUACUUUCAUUGGUAGAAAUACUUGAAAUGGAUCUUAAGGUUCUUUUGAACCUGAAGCUACACAUAAUGCCUUUUCUUCUCUGGAGGAAAUAUUUUGUUGUGUUUAUAAUAACUUUGGUGUGCAAUGCACAAAGCGAAGAAAGUUCUGAAACUGUUAACUCAAAAUGCACAAACUAAAAUUAAUGCGUACGUGCAAUUUAUGACGUUUUACUUGCCAUUUUUUUCCCAUUUUCAGCAAUGGAAUGGAAGUAGAUGGUUUGCACAUCAGAGUAGAUUUAACAGGUCAAAAUAAUAAGGUAAUAUUAUCCUUAAAAUUUCUGUAUUCUCACUUGCAUUCCAUUUAUCCGUUAUCAAGAAAAUUGAUAACAGUCAAACCUGCACUUUUUCUGAGUCAAAAAUCUUGUUUAAGAAAAUUUAAGAGAAUUUAAGAAAACAGCCCAGUGGCUUUCGAAUGUUUCCAGUGAUUUUCUUCAAACUUAAAUACGAACAUUGCCAAAAAUGUCCAAAGAUUAUCAAGCAACUUUUGAGCAGUUCUGGAUCAAUAAUUAUGUCAAGGACGACGAUAUUUUUAUUUUAGUGUGUUGUGAUACAGUUAGGAAUAAAGUCAACAUUAAGCACUUUUUUGGAAUAUUUUUGGGGAAAUUGAAUUGAAUUUUUGUUAUUGAUCAUGCUUUGAAGAACAAUUUGUCCGGAUUUGUGUGUUAGGCAUGCAUGGUUGGCUCAGUUGGGAGAGUGCCAGUCUGCUGAGCAAAAGGUCAUGGGCUCAAACCCCAGCCGGACCAACCCUUAGGGUCUUUAAAUAACUGAGAAGAAAGUGCUGCCUUUGUAUGUAAUGACAUCUGCAAACAGAUAGACUUUCUUGUCUUCUCAGAUAAGGACAAAAAACCAUAGGUCCCAUCUCACAGCACUUUCACUUAUGUGGUUCUUAUGGGCUGUAAAAGAACCCCCACCACUGUUCAAAAAUAGUAGGGGACGUACAUAGACCCUGAUGGUGUGGCCAACCUUUCUUGGGCUGGGUGGGUUAUUGCAAGCUUUGCUGUGCUACAGUAUGACAGAAGCAAGACUUUUCCAGGCAUAACUACAAUAAUGUUAUUUUGGUUACUUUACUUGCCUGAACUUCAUUUGAAAUCUGAAACCAAUUUAUUCAUGCUAUAGAUGUGCUAGGGUCAUGCUACAUUCCAGUCUGCUUCUGAGCACAGCAGUAAUGUCCCUUAAUACUGUUUAUGAAAUGGCGACCAGUCCAGCUACACUUCUAGUAUGGCAGCGGCCAGAAUUAUCAUUGUCCCAAACAAGGAACAAACUGCAGUUUUCAUACCAGUCACAGGCAGUUGAAUCUUGAUAAACCAACUACUAAAGGAAUGAUUGUUUUUUUGUCUUCAGCAUGAUCAUAGACGGUCAAUAUUUGUUGGAAAUUUACCAUUUGGUGAGUUAAUGAUUCUUCACAUAGACUGUAACUAUAGAGCUAAAUGUAACUAGAGCUAAAUUUAGAGCUAAAUGUUUUGAAAUUAUGUAUUUAGCAAAUUACUGCUCUGUUUUGACUAUGUUCUCUGGUAUAUCAGAUUGUGGGUUUGUUUUUAAACAUGAUAACAUUAAAAGUUUGAUAUAUCAUGAAUAGAAACUCUUACUGACUUCUGCCUUUCUUUCCAGGAGACUUUUUUAACAUUCAUUAUAAUGAUGUGUGUACUUUCUUCUGUUUAUCAAUUAUGUGAAUCAAUUUAGAUACAGAAGAAGAACCACUUAGACAAGUGUUUAAUGACUGUGGGGAGAUAGAAGCUGUUCGUAUUGUAAGAGACAGUAAAACUGGUCUUGGCAAAGGCUUUGGAUUCAUUCUUUUUGAGGUAUCUGUUUUAAAUGCUUGAGUACUAAUAAGUUUUUUAAUAAUAGAAAGAAUGUGCACAAUGUACAAAUUUUGGAAUACAUUUUCUGAUAAGAAUUGUUACAAUGUAUUCAUGAAUACAGAGUUGUGACAGCGACAUCCUAAAUGCAGUCAGACAUCCUGAGUAGACACAUCAAGCACCUUAAAAGACCAUUAUUUUAGAUUGGACGAUCUACAUAUUUUAGUAGAUAAUACCGGUAGUAAGGUCACAGAUGAGACGACAAUGGUAUGUCUUCUGUUUAAAAAAAUUGUAAAAAUUGUAAUUUGUUUACCCACGAAGUACUUAGAGUUCUUAUAAACUCGUUUAAACGUGUCUGUGUGUUCCAGAUCGAAUUGGAAUUUGGAAGUGUUAGUUUUGAGGAGAGGGGACAACUGGAGUACCCAGAGAAAAACCUCUUGGACCAAGGGAGAAAACCAACAACAAACUCAAACCAAUGAUGGCUUUGACGCCAGGAUUUGAACCCGGGCCACAUUGGUGGGAGGCGAGUGCUCUAACCACCGCCCCACCCUUGCUCCAUUGUUUACAUUAUGUUGAUCGGUAAGCUGAGGCAUCAGCAUGCAAUGGUGCCACUGGCUCCUGCUAUCAAUUCAGGGGGAGGUUAAUAUUGUUAUUGGAUUUGGCUUUUGUAUGACCUGAAGAAUUAUGCAGAUCUCGGAGGGUGUUAUGGGCCUUUGUCACACAGCAGCCAUUUUGUCCCAAGAGACUAAAGUAGCUUUGUUUUACCUGUCUAGCCUCACUCCCAAGUUUUUCACUGCGAGGUUGAGGGUGGUAAAACAAAGCUUUUUUCAGUCUCUCAGGACAAUAUGGCUGCCGUGGAAAUAAGGCCCACUGGCUGAGGUGGAUAUCACCCUUCGAGAUCUGCAUGAUUCUUGUGCUCAUGCAAAGCCUGAACCAAUAAUUGAAUAAUAAAACAAUAAUUAUUAUUUUUUUAUUAUUCAUUCAAAAUAAUUCAUUCUUCUUCAUUUAUUAUUAUUAUUUUGUAAGAUAGUAUUCAGUUACUCAUGACAACCAAUUUUACAGGAGAAAGAUGCAGUAAUGUUUGCCUUAAAAAAGAACCAGACAGAGUUCCGUGGCCGAGCAUUGCGAAUCUAUCCAUCAACAGAAAAUCCACAGCAAGGUAGGUUGAUUUAACACAAGAGGUGUAUUAUUUUAGAUAAACUAGAAGUUCAUGAAGUUGAAUCUUAGGUACAUGUAACUUGUAAAAUACAAUGAGUGUAGUACUACAAAGAUACAUGUAAGCUAUAGCUAUUAAGUCAGUCCAGUGUGGCACACUGGAUUGACUUGUGGCUUUAUCAGGAAAACAGGUUUCUGAAAUGCCAGUGCAUGCUCUCUGAGCAGGCACGGCCAUCAUAUUAGUUCGUAGGUGUCAUGUAGACCCUACUCUGAACUCCCUGGUUGGAAUGACUCUUCUACGAGAAAUUAAAACAACUUUUACUAGCUAGUUGCAGACACUUUCUCCUUCCUAUAGACGUGUUUUCCUAGAGAAGCCUGAUACUCAUAUUUUUCUGUUUCUUUCUCACUUUAGGUCAUUCCAAUGAUGUCAAAAGUCGUUCCAAGACAUAUUCAUUCAGUGGGAUCACUGUCAAACGUGGAAUUAAAAAAGAACAUAAGGGAAAGAAGAAACAAAAAUUUGUAAGAGGCUACAAAGGAAGCCAAAGUGCACAAAAUAGCUAUGGUGGUGGCAAAAAACCAAAGCAUAGAAAUGAGAAACUGAACAAUCCUAAGAACAGAAACAGAACAAGUAAAUUUUCAAAGAACAGUUCCAAACAGGGUAGAAACAACAUGAAAGGGAAGCCUUCUCGAUAA